CUGUCUUCUGUAACCUGACAUUGUUUUUCACACUUCUCUUGCUGACAGAUGCAACACCACCAUUUGGACUCAACCACCUCAUCACUUAUCUGACAAACAACAUUCAUCAAUAAUCACCGCCUUUCUGGCUUAGUCACCAGUUUAAUAUUUCCCAAGGGUCUCUUUGUGCCUUUGUUUUACUGACUGGAUUUAGAAGAUUUUGCUCUGUGAAGACACAUGGAGAUUGUGACUGGACUAGUGUUGCUGAUGUUAAGAGGACUGUCUGAUGCCACAGCGACCACCUGUGAUGCUACUCAGAAGUCAUCACAGUGUUUUGUGGCUUUGGGUGGAACUCUGGAUCUUAAGCUAAUGACGAGUGUCAGUGGAUGUGAGCUGCAGUUUAAAAAGAACCGUACUCAAGGUCCUGAACAGAUAUUCAUCAUGAAAAAAAACAAAGUGUCCAUCAAAGGACCCACUGAAGGUAGAUCAGAGUUCUUUAUGAACAAUGGGACCUUCAGGUUAACCAAUGUUGAGAGGGCUGAUUCUGGACAAUACUUCCUGGAGGUCUACAAUUCUGAUGGGUCAAGUUUAGGAACCAGAAUAAUACAACUGGUUAUCAAAGGGUCAAGUUUAGAAACCAAAAAAAUACAACUGGAUGUCAAAGGGACAAGUUUAGGAACCAGAGAAAUACAACUGGACAUCAAAGUGACCACCUGUAAUGCUACUCAGAAGUCAUCACAGUGUUUUGUGGCUUUAGGUGGAACUCUGGAUCUUAAGCUAAUGAACAAUGUCAGUGGAUGUGAGCUGCAGUUUAAAAAGAACCGUACUCAAGGUCCUGAACAGAUAUUCAUCAUGAAAAAAAACAAAGUGUCCAUCAAAGGACCCACUGAAGGUAGAUCAGAGUUCUUUAUGAACAAUGGGACCUUCAGGUUAACCAAUGUGGAGAGGGCUGAUUCUGGACAAUACUUCCUGGAGGUCUACAAUUCUGAUGGGUCAAGUUUAGGAACCAGAAUAAUACAACUGGAUAUCAAAGGGGAAAGUUUAGGAAACAAACAAACAGAAGACCAACUGGAAAUCAAAAAACAUAAUCAACUCAUGGUGAUAAUUGCUGGGUUAGUUGGUGGCCUUCUCUUAGCAGUGAUGCUGGUAACCAUCUGUAAAGUGAAGAGAUGCCCAGCAAAGCAGACACAGGACUCAGCCCUCUGGAUGAAGAUGGAGGCAAUUGAACCUGUGGAGAAUCGUAACUGAGAGGAUAAUGCUGUUCUGUGUUCAUUCACAGGCGUAGUGGAGAGAUUAAUGAUUAGACACAGUGGAGAGAAAGUACCCUUUUAAAGAAAUCCAAAUGUGUACUGUAUGUUCAAAGUUUUGACUGGUACUGUAUAUAAUUGUUUCCUUUAUUGUCCAUAAUACAAUUCUCUAGUGUCACUGUACAUGUUUCUUCUAACUAGUUGGUGUGGCAAGAGGGCCCAUUUAUGCAAUUAUUUACUGAAGAGGGGAUGUGAAGAAAGAAAAUGUAUCACUGCUGUUUCAAUAAAAGGAAGUUAAACGAUA